AUGAUACAUUCGGUGCCAAUAGACACAAAUGAAUCUUGUGGCAAUUAUGCCUGUGAUGCAAACUGUACAAAGGUAUAUCGUAAUGUAAAUUUUGCAAAAAAAUUGUUGCAUCCACGAGAUUUCAAUUUUCCUGUAACAGGCUGGGAGAUAUUUCAAAGGGGACUUUCCAAAAACCCAGACGCACCUUGUUUUGGAACUAGAACAAUUUCCCCAGAUGGAUCUCUGGGAAAUUAUGAAUUUAAAACUUAUGCACAAGUGGAAAGUUUAGUGAAAAGGAUUGGUAGCAAAAUUUUACAGUUUGGGGUAAUCGAACCCGUGGACACGGGCUUCGAUUGUAUCCCGCCCUGCUAUCCUAUUGGCAUAUACUCCCCUAAUUGCAUAGAAUGGCUCAUCACUGAACAGAUCUGUAAUGCAUAUGCGUUGACAAUUGUUCCCUUGUAUGAAACCCUAGGAAAUGAUUCUGUUAUGCACAUUAUAAACGAAACCAAAUUUAAAAUACUGGUGAUAGAAACUAAAUGUGCUGAGAAGUUAUUGAAAACAUUGGAGGCUCAAUCUGGUUUUAAGUUGCCGAUAAAGAUUUUAAUAGUCGUGGGCGAUAAACUGGACGAUAAAUUGACCAGGAAAUUGUCUAUGCGAAUAGUUUACUGGAAUGAAUUAUUGUCACAACCGGUUGCUCCCACUGAUUUGAUUGAGUUCAAACCGGCUGGAAAAGAUGUUCUUAACACAAUUUCAUACACCAGUGGAGCUAGUGGUAUACCAAAAGGCGUUAUGGUUACACAGGAAAUGAUUUGUUGUGCUGUAAAUUCAGUAAUAAAUGGGGUUUGUCAAAAGGAUGGGUUGUCUGUUGAAGCCUUAGUCACCUACCUAAGUUACUUGCCACUUGCUCAUUUAUACGAACGAUUGUGUGUAAAUUGUCUGCUAUGUCAAGGUGGCAAAAUAGGCGUUUACUCUGGCAACGUCAAAUUGCUGUUGGACGAUGCAAAGGAAUUGAAACCCACCGUUUUUGCUAGUGUACCACGCGUUUAUCAGAAGAUUUUUGACAGCAUCAUGAACGCACUCUCCGAAAAAUCAUUCGUGGUCCGCGGCAUUUUCCAUUUUGCGCUAAAUUCUAAAUUGGACAACAUAAAAUCCAAACGUACAUUUAAGCAUUUAAUUUGGGACACUUUGCUCUUUAACAAAUUAAAGCGACUUUUGGGCGGGGAGGUCCAGUGGAUGCUUACCGGUUCAGCUCCGCUUAACCCAAUAGUGUUGAACAGUUUGAAAGUCUUCUUUGGCAUACCAAUUGUCAACGCAUAUGGACUGACUGAAUGUACCGCCUGCGGCCUGAACCAAAUUGCUGAAGAAAAUGAUGCCACUCACAUUGGGGCGCCAACUGCCUCAAUCGAAUUCAAGCUAGCUUCGGUGCCAAACCUGGAGUACCUAGUUACGGAUCGGCCAAAUCCAAGAGGGGAGUUAUGUUUAAGGGGAUAUAACGUAACGAUGGGAUACUUCAAGAAUCCAACUCUAACUGCCGAAUACUUUAAGGAUGGCUGGUUUUAUACAGGUGACAUUGCAGAAUUGUUACCUUGUGGCUCUGUACGAAUAAUUGAUAGGUCAAAGUGUAUAUUCAAAUUGGCACAGGGUGAGUAUAUAUCGCCGGAGAGGCUGGAAAACAUAUUCGUCCAAUCGCAGUUAAUCGCUCAGGCUUACGUCACUGGGAGGAGUGAUAAAUAUUUUCCCGUUGCGAUUUUUGUAUUGGAUCGGGAACAAGUUGAGAAAUUGUUGAUAAAAACAGCUGAUAGUGGCUUUAAUAAAAUGAGCUAUGAUGAAGCAUGUAAAACUGAUCAUGUGAGGGAAUUGUUACAGAAUGAGAUUGAGAAGGUUUCCAUUGCUAACGAGAUCAAGGGGUUUGAAAAAAUUCGCUCAUUUCACAUAGAGACUGUCCCAUUUAGCCCGGAUAAUAACCUCCUUACACCCACGCUCAAGCUCAGGCGUUUUUACGCAGCUAAGGUUUAUAAGGAUGUCAUUGAUCAAUUGUAUCAAGAAAGGUGA